AAUACGUUAAUUCGCACCUUUCUUGGCGCGGACAAUGCCCUGGUUGCACUGAAAACACCCCCAGGCUACGACCAUUAUUCAAGAAUCCAAUAGAAGCCAUCUUGAAGAUAAACUUUUCAGGUAAACAAGCUUUACGAGUCCAACUCGUCGUUCCUAAUGAUAAAUCUUACAGUGGACUUCCGACUAGAGAGACGAGCGAGUUAAACAUCAAGUGCAUGAGGGAGGAAAGCGCGGGAAUUUUGGGAGUUUUGAAUGAACAGUUUAGACAACAAAAUCAGUGCGUCGUGCCCGAAGAAAAUGAACAGACAUGUGUUUUCAUAUGCUAAUUCAUGAUGCCUCAUUGACAUGCCAAUCAGUGAAGCCAUCUUGGAAACCUAUAAGCCCCGACAGCGCCAGAGGGGCCAUUCACAAACGGGUGAACGCCCCGGAUAAUUGGUCCGAGUCACGGAGCGACAACUUGUUGCUUCCCUCGCGGUGAAUCUCGGCUGUUGGCACCAGCUCGGCGCAUACCGACGCACCACUCAGGGACGCCCUGCUCACCUUCGGCAGCUCACCGCCGGACUCCUGCUGCCUCCUCCGACCUUCCUCCACUCCACACCGCCCCAAAUCACCUCACACAUCCACCGCCGGUGUGUCUGACCACAUCCUCGGCGCCAGUGUUUGAACCAGCUGCUCAGGUCUGACGGGUUGGGGUGGCAUUCCGUCGCGGGCGAUAGCUACCAUGACGCAAGAAGUGGACAACUCCAAGCGAUCGGUAGUGGUACUGCAGAACGAAGCCCUGUACAGAAACACGUAUAGCAGUAGAGAUGAAGACGAGGCAUGGCGCUCCUACUUAGAGAACCCUCUGACAGCCGCCACCACUGCCAUGCUCAACAUCAACGGUGACGAGGACAGCGCAGCCGCACUGGGACUGCUCUAUGACUACUACAAGGAUUGUAACCCGUCCUCCAUCGCCGCACCGCUGGGGGUGCCAAAGGAGAAGCGAAUGAAUGCCAACUUUGUAACUAGAACACCCAUGGGUCCACCGGACACAGAACAACCAAGCAGGGACCUGACGAUGUUGCGUAACGUGCCCCUGGCAGACUCCAUCACGUCCACGGGGUUUGACGGCCACCAUGCCCACAGCUCCGCCAUCACCACCCAGCCCCCCGCCGCCUCCCCACUGACGGUACGGGCGGACCAUCACAUCCACAUCCACAAGCCCGACCACUCGCCCAUGCUCGUAGCCAAACCAGACGAGAUGGACAGAACUCCGGACAGUGCCUUCAGCGAGGCAACUUUCAAGGACCACCAACAAGAGCAUGACGUGCUCGGUGACGACAUGUCCGCCUUCCAGGUCUUCAAUUACAACAUCAACCAGGUGAACAUGGCUGCUGCGCAUGUGCAGAGGCGACAACAACCGGAGUUAUUGCAGCAAGCUAUCGCAGAGACACAGAUCAUGCCUCCACCUGAAGCUAUCAAUGGCGUCGCAUUUGAAUACAUUUUAGAGGCACCGAAGUCCCUCCGACAGAAACCAGGAGAAGCAAGCAUGAGCUACGUCAACAAAGGCCAGUUCUAUGCAGUGACGUUAACAGAAGCGGGGAGCAGUCCAUGGCGGCACCACAGCACUAAAGUCAGAUCCGUGAUUCAAGUCGUGUUCGGAGACGGUAGAAGUGAGGAAGAGCAGCUGAAACACUGGCGGUACUGGCACGCGCGGCAGCACACCGCCAGGCAGAGGAUCAUCGAUAUGGCUGACUACAAGGAGAGCACUAACGUCAUCGAGAACAUUGACGAGAUCGCUCACAACGCCAUCGCCUUCUCCUGGGACGUGCGGGAGACCGGCAAGGUCUUCAUCAGCGUCAACUGUCUCAGCACAGACUUCUCCUCACAGAAGGGCAUCAAGGGUCUUCCACUCAACCUGCAGAUUGACACCUACACAGACUACUACAAGGGAGCUACGCCAGUCCACAGAGCCUACGUGCAAAUUAAAGUCUUCUGUGAUAAGGGCGCAGAAAGGAAGAUCCGCGACGAGGUCCGUAAGAUCAGUAAGAAGAAGCAGUCCGAGGAGAUCAAGAGUCAGAUCCCCAGCCACAAGCGGAACGAGCUGGCCUACUUCAAACCCAUGGCGGACUUGAAGACCCCUCCUGUCAUGUUCGUACCUGACUUCAUCCCGGCAGCCAGAGCACCGGCACAGAUAGCACAGCCCGUGACAUUUGGCUUGACACCUCCUUUUGACAGAGGAGUGAAGAGAUCGUUCUCAGAAGACAGCGCCUACUCACCGGAAAGCUCCCCACAACCUGCUGCCAAAAUAGCCAACAAGAGUGUUCUGUUGUACGUGCGGAAGGAGGAGGAUGAUGUGUAUGACGCCCUGAUGCUGCGGGAGCCCAGUGUCCAGGGGCUGCUGUCUGCCGUGGAGGAGAAAUACAAGGUUCCUACUGACAAAGUCAGCAAGGUCUUCAAGAAGUCAAAGAAAGGUAUUCUAGUCAACAUUGACGACAACAUCAUUGAGCACUACUGCAACGAGGACACGUUCAUAAUCGAACUGCAGGAGGAGACAGACGGGAAUGUCAAGGUCAUCCUAACAGAGGUGCAGGACUCCCCCUGACGGGCCAGGAUGGGCGAUGCAACCAAAGAGACUUCUACAAACCAUUAACGUGGAUUUUGUCAAACAUCCAGAUGUUUCAAGCCAGGGUAUGGGUAUUUGGGAGGAUUGGACGGACAUUGCAAAAUGUUUCAAAUUUUUAAAACACUUUGCACCAGCUGCCGUCUGCUAAUAGUUUUAAGAGACAAUCUAUGAUGGGGAUGGUGUGGGGUUUAGCAGCAACCUGCUCUAUGGUUCAACAGAAAGGGGAAUCCAAUAUCUUAGAUGUGCAUAUUGCUGCAAUAGUGGGUAGGAGAGAGGAAAAUGUUGGGAGCAAUAAGAGUUUAUUUUUGUACAGACAAUCAUGACGGGGUAGGGUUGGCAAUAUCUCAACAUUGUCAAAUAUGGAUACAAACGUUUCCAACAGUUCUGUAAUUUUUGCAGCUACUGUUUCUUUAAUUGGUUUUUAACUCUGGCGUAUCCAUGCUGUUCAAUAGAAGUGCCAUUCUUGUGACUGCCAGUCUUUUUGACAUGCCUAUCAGUACGGUCAAUAUAUCCACGUGUUUUUAAUGGUUUUAUGGAAGAUGUGGAAGUGAACAUGGGUUAGAUUGUCCUGAAAUAGAUUAAAGACUAGGGUUAUAGGAACAAUUCUUAUGAUACAAUGAUAAUGUGAUUAUCGCGUUGGUAUUCAAUGGAGACCCUUCAAUAUUUCCACUGUCAGAAAGACUGCAUCUCAACAUACAUGGUAGCCAUUACUACAUCGGAAUAUAGCUUUGAGACCUUCCAGUACUGAUGCCAUUUGUCUUCCAAAACUCUAGGUUACAGCUGCAGCUCGUCAACCUGAUACCGUUGUAUGUGUAUAUAUAUUUAUUCCCUUUUGCUGAAAAGCAGGGCAUUGUUUUAUGAGGGAUUUUAGUGACUAUGCGAUCUUAAUGUAUAUUUUGGUGACAAGCAGGUUUCUUUGUACAUACUGUUACAGUUAUCUGUCGGUGAGACUUGCACGGAAUAAAUCAGAUGCCAAUA